AUGGUCAUGGAGCUGUGCGGUCCUAGCCUGUUCCAUCGAUUGAUCAAGGGAGGGCCGCUGGGCGAGGAGGAGGCCGCCAAGACCAUCCAGAUGCUGGCGGAGGCGCUCAAGGGGAUACGUACCAGCGGCAUCGUCCACCGGGAUCUCAAGCCGGAGAACAUUGCCGAAAUCUCCAAUCACCACCUCAUGCAAGGUCAAGCUGGACGCUAUUGCCGUGCACGAGGUGCCAUCGACGUGUGGGCACUGGGAGUGAUCGCAUAUGAGCUGCUGAGAGGCUACAAGCAAUCCAAGGAGAUCGAGUUGUUGCGAACCGGGGAAUUCCUAGAUGGUUGUCCUCUCUCAGACGAGGCGGUGGAUCUCAUCUGCGGGAUGCUGGCUGUGGAGCCGAGCGAGAGGUUGAUGCUGGAUGGUGUGCUGGAGCAUCCCUGGAUCGUGGAGAAUUGCAGAAGAUCAAGAAGACGAUUCAAAGGAGGAGGCGCUGUGGAGUGA